GUAACGCUUCUUCCUGUUGGUAGCUUUAAUGGCAGCUCGCACCGUCGCCACGUUUAUCUCGUGAAAAGUUCCGUAUUUUAAUUUUUUACUAUAGAACGGGUUCGUAAAACAACUUGAACCAUGUCUGGUCGACAGAGCAACAAACUGCCAAACAAUUUGCCACAACUGCAGAACCUCAUCAAACGGGACCCGCAGUCGUACGUAGAGGAGUUCCUCCAGCAGUUCCGACACUACCAGUCCAAUAUCCAAAUCUUCAAGCUGCAGCCGGACAAACCCAACAAGGAGCUGGCGGAGCUCGUCAUGUUUUUAGCUCAGGUCAGUCACUGCUACCUGCAGCAGCUGUCCAGCUUCCCCCAGGAGCUGUCCGGGUUACUACUGAGCUACCACACAGUCCUGCAGCCUGACCUACGAAUGACCUUCUGCAAAGCCAUGAUUCUUCUGAGGAACAAGAAUCUGAUCGACCCCACCUGUCUCCUGGAGCUCUUCUUUGAGCUGCUGCGAUGUCACGACAAGCUGCUGAGGAAGACACUGUACACACACAUUGUUGUUGAUAUCAAAAACAUCAACGCAAAGCACAAAAACAACAAGGUCAACACAACGUUACAGAACUUCAUGUACACCAUGCUGAGAGACAGUAAUCCCAUUGCAGCGAAGAUCUCUUUAGAUGUGAUGGCGGAGCUUUACAAAAGAAACAUAUGGAAUGAUGCGAAAACAGUUAACGUCAUUACAACGGCAUGUUUCUGCAAAGUGACAAAGAUCGUUGUCGCAGGGCUUAAAUUCUUCCUGGGCAAAGAUGAAGAUGAAAAGAACGACAGCGAUUCAGACUCAGAGCCAGAGGGACCGACAACCCGAGAUGUGAUGGUGAAAUACUCCACAGGCAGGAAAACCUCCAAAAACAAGAAGAAGAUGGAAAAAGCAAUGAAAGUUCUCAAGAAACACAAGAAAAAGGCUAAAGUAGAGGUGUUCAACUUUUCUGCUAUUCACCUGAUUCAUGAUCCUCAAGAUUUCUCAGAGAAACUCUUGAAACAGUUGGAAAGCUCUAAGGAGCGCUUUGAGGUGAAGAUCAUGAUGAUGGAGCUCAUAUCCAGACUGGUUGGAAUCCAUGAGCUCUUCCUCUUUAAUUUCUAUCCCUUCGUCCAGAGGUUUCUUCAGCCUCAUCAAAGAGAAGUGACAAAGAUUCUGCUGUGUGCUGCCCAGGCGUCUCACCAGCUCGUUCCUCCUGAGGUCAUUGAACCUGUCAUCAUGACCAUCGCAAAUAACUUUGUGACAGACAGAAACUCUGGGGAGGUCAUGACUGUGGGUAUUAAUGCCAUCAAGGAACUGACAGCUCGUUGUCCCCUCGCCAUCAAUGAAGAUCUGCUGCAGGACCUGGCUCUGUACAAGAACCACAAAGACAAGAAUGUGAUGAUGUCGGCACGGGGACUGAUCCAGCUCUUCAGGAAUCUGGAUCCACAUAUGUUGCUGAAGAAAGACAGGGGGAGACCCACAGAGGCGUCAACAGAGGCUAAAAUCAGAGACUACGGAGAACUUGAAUCUAAAGACUACAUCCCUGGAGCUGAAGUCCUGGAGGUGGAGGGGGAGGCGAAGAAAGAGGGAGAGGAGGACGGAGGCUGGGAGAGUGCCAGUAUAGGUGAUGAGGAUGAAGACGGGGAGUGGGUGGACGUUCACCACUCGGCUGAUGAAGACGCAGGAGAAAUGGCGGAGAAGCUUCAGAGUAUUCCGGUGGAGGAAAGAAAGGCGAAGGCAGCUGCGGUCAGUGGCAGCAGGCUCCUCACGCAGGAUGAGUUCAAGAAGAUCCGUCUGGUGCAGAUGGCCAAGGAGGUGAACAACGCGCCGGGCAAGGGCCAGAAGAGGAAGAUCGUGACGAGUGACGAUGAAGAGGACAACAGAGGGGAGCUGCUGACUUUGAGAAACAUCGAGAAACUGCAUAAAAAACCAAAAUCAGACAAGGAAACACGUCUGGCAACAGCAAUGGAGGGACGAAGCGACCGGAAGGAUUUUGUGAGGAAGCAUUCCAAACUGAACCCACACGCCAGCACCAGCAACAAGGAGAAGAGGAAGAACAAGAACUUCAUGAUGAUGAGACACAGUCAGAACGUUAGGACCAAGGGCAAACGCUCCUUCAGAGACCGACAGAUCGCUCUACGAGAUGCUCUCCUGAAGAGGAAGAAGCAGCACCAUUAGGACACGUGGAGAAGAUGAUGGUCGUCACAACCCUGAUCUUUGACUAUGUCAAAUAUUAUUCAUCCUUCAGUGGCCUGUAAACUAUGUCAGCUCAUUAAUGUAUUAUAUUCAGUGGAGGAACUGCAUAGAUGUACUCUGUUCUGAAAUAAACCGUCUUUAUAAUUGUG